GUUGGUGGUGAAAGUUGUGUUUCUUGCCAAGAAAACAGUGAGAAUAUUAUGCCAAAUCACAUAGAGAAAAGGCUGCGUUCUUUCAAACUGAAUACAUCUCAGGAGGAAGCGAUUUUGCGUUGUCUAGAAGCCAAAAACUGCCGCCACUCCAACAAUAUCAAACUUAUAUGGGGACCACCAGGGACCGGGAAGACGAAAACAACAAGCGUUCUGCUUUUAAACCUCUUUAAAAUGAGAUGCAGGACACUGACUUGCGCUCCAACUAACAUAGCUGUUCUGGAAGUUGCUUCAAGGGUUGUGAAACUAGUCUCCGAGUCAUUGAGGCUUGGUGGAUACGGUCUUGGAGAUAUUGUCUUGUUUGGCAACAAAGAAAGGAUGAAGAUCGAUGAUCGGGAGGACCUUUUCGAUGUUUUCCUCGAUUACCGAGUUGAUGAGCUCUAUGACUGCUUUCAGGCUUUAACUGGAUGGAGAGCAAAUGUUCAACGCAUGAUCUCUUUGCUCACUGAUCCAAAAGAAGUGUAUCGCCAAUCCUUCAUCGAGAAUGACAAGCGUCGUCCUUCGUUUAAAAAGUUCGUAGAAAAGAGGUUUAGUAAACUGAGGACGGACUUGCGUUCUCAGUUCUCAACUUUGUGUCUGCAUCUACCAACUGCUUCGCUCUCCUUUCAAGUCGCGGAGAAAAUGAAUGCCACUAAUGGUCUACUUAGAGCUAUGAAAGUUUCAGAUGUCGUUAGAGUUUCCGGGAAAGAAGAUACAAGAAAGCAAGAUUGUGUGGAGAUGUUAGGAUCGAUUUGCGAAAGCAUCGAACUUCCUGAUUUCAUAGGGAAGUUCGGACUUCAAAGACUCUGCUUAGAAAACGCGUAUCUGAUGUUCUGCACAGCGUCGAGCUCUGCCAAGCUACACAUGAGCUGUCCGAUACAACUCCUCGUAAUCGACGAAGCUGCUCAGUUAAAAGAAUGCGAGUCUGCGAUUCCUUUGCAGCUUCCAGGGCUUCGACACGCUGUUCUAAUCGGCGACGAGAAGCAGUUACCUGCGAUGAUACAAAGCAAGAUUGCUUCGGAGGCUGAUCUUGGGAGGAGCUUGUUUGAGAGAUUGGUGUUGUUGGGUCACAAGAAGCAGUUGCUGAACAUGCAGUACCGGAUGCAUCCUUCUAUUAGUAUUUUCCCGAACCGAGAGUUUUAUGGUAUGAAGAUUUUGGAUGCUCCUUCUGUCAGGGUGAGAAGUUAUGAGAAACAGUUUCUCCCUGGGAAAAUGUAUGGGCCUUACUCUUUCAUCAACGUGCCCUAUGGAAGAGAGCAGUUUGGACAAGGGUUCAGUUCGAAAAACAUCCUUGAGGUCUCUCUUGUGGACGAGAUUUUGUCAAAGCUGUACUCAGUAUCAAGAAAGUCGGGAAGAUCGAUAAGUGUUGGUGUGAUUUCACCUUACAAGGCUCAAGUGUUUGCAAUUCAAGAAAAGAUAGGCAAAAAGUAUGAUACCAGUGAGAAAUUCACAGUGAGUGUUAGGUCUGUAGAUGGGUUUCAAGGUGGUGAAGAAGAUAUUAUAAUAGUCUCAACCGUUAGGUCUAACGGUAAAGGAGCCAUUGGUUUUUUAUCUAACCAACAAAGAACCAACGUAGCACUCACACGUGCGAGAUUCUGCUUAUGGAUUCUUGGAAACGAGUCGACUUUGACCAACAAUAAAUCAGUAUGGAGUCGGUUAGUAGAUGAUGCUAAGGCACGACACUGUUUUCAUGACGCAUAUGAUGAUGAAUCA